CUCACUCACUCUCGCUCUCUCUCAGUCAAUCGACGAUCUUUGGCGAUAUUUCACUCUCAAUAUCCUCAGUUUGAUGUGAUACAUGUGCACACAUUGAGUUUGUUUAAGUAGUGAAGUGUGUUUUGUGAAAUUGUGAAGAUGUCUCGAGGUUCAAACGCUGGAUUUGAUCGUCACAUCACCAUCUUCUCACCUGAGGGAAGGCUUUAUCAAGUCGAAUAUGCCUUCAAAGCCAUCAGUCAGAGUGGACUCACAUCUGUGGGCAUCAGAGGAUCAGACUGCAGUGUGCUCGUGACACAGAAGAAAGUUCCGGAUUCACUGCUGGAUGCAUCAACGCUAACAAACAUGUUCAAACUCACUCCAAACAUCGGCUGUGUCAUGACAGGACAUUAUGCGGACAGUCGGUCUCAGGUACAUCGAGCGCGCAUCGAGGCGGCCGAGUGGAAGUAUAAGUUUGGUUAUGACAUCACAGCGGAUAUGUUGUGUCGUCGUCUGGCGGACAUCUCACAGGUGUACACACAGAACGCAGAAAUGAGACCACUGGGCUGCUGUAUGAUGCUGAUUGCCAUGGACCCUCAGCUGGGGCCGUUGCUUUAUAAAUGUGACCCGGCUGGAUAUUUCUGUGGCUUUCGGGCGACGAGUGUUGGGGUGAAACACACAGAAGGCAACAGUUACCUGGAGAAAAAACUCAAAAAACAACCCGAGCUCUCCUACGACAGGACUGUAGAGAUGGCGAUCUCAUGUCUGUCCUCUAUACUUUCAAUGGAUUUCAAAUGUACUGAGCUGGAGGUGGGAGUCGUGACGAAGGAAAAGCCCAAAUUCAGGAUUUUAUCAGAAGGAGAAAUUGAAGGUCAUCUGUCAGCGAUCGCUGAGAGGGAAUAGUUAGUGUCAGGUUAACAGAGUCACACACCUGAUGUCAUUAAAAACCAGCUCAACACAAGAUUAUUUCUCUAUGUAUGUUAGUUAGUCAAUGACAAACCUGAUGUAUAAACCAGCUACAACCAAUUCAUUAAAUAAAAGAAUCUUAAAUGGA